UAAUCCCACUGGAUUUCGCAAUUCUUCGGCUCGACAACUCUGCCUGCAUCUGAAUAACAUAGCUCACUCAUCCCAACCCGAAGUGCUCAUUGGGGUGGUUCUGUGGGAUAGUUUACACUCACUCACUCUACGUUUGAGUGGAAUUCUUCUGCUGCUGCGGUGGAACUUCUCAGUCUGGGGACGGCGAUCGUUGAGCUGUCUACCUGCCUCUGCCGCUGCCUCUGCCCGCGUCGCCAGGUAAACGAGCGUCUUGGUUUCACUCGGGGACUCGUUUCGCCUUCGCCUCGAUUCGUUUUUAGUCAGUGCUCGUCGACUUUGAGGAUCAGUAUCCUUUUGGCAUCCCGUGAGCGCGGUCGUCUGCCGCUCUCCCUCGAAUGAAAAACUGAAAUACGAUAUCAUACUAAAACGAUCUUAAACGCGUACCGCUUGUUAAGUUUUUGUUGUUCGGACAUUACUAAAAAGUACGUGCAAUAACUGUUAUAACUAUUUUCGUACUUGAACCAAAGUUAUUGUGUUGUGAAAAAAACCAAACCGAAGCUGACCUAUCUUGGAUUACUUUUUACUUGGAUAUACAAAUUAAAAUCGUUACAAAAUGGAUUACAAAAACGAUAUUAAUUCGGAUGACGACUUCGACUGCUCCAAUGGCUAUAGCGACAGCUAUGGCAAUAAUGGACGCACGUCCAAUCCGAAUGGAUUAUCAAAGGCGGAAUUGAGAAAGGUGAGUUGGACAAACAAACCGAUUAUGGAGAAACGUCGUCGGGCUCGCAUUAAUCACUGCCUCAACGAACUGAAGUCCCUUAUCCUGGAGGCCAUGAAAAAAGACCCGGCUCGUCAUACCAAACUGGAGAAGGCCGACAUACUUGAGAUGACGGUGAAGCAUCUGCAGUCGGUGCAGCGCCAGCAGCUAAACAUGGCCAUCCAAUCGGAUCCUGGCGUGGUCCAGAAGUUCAAGACGGGCUUUGUGGAGUGCGCCGAGGAGGUUAACCGCUACGUUAGCCAAAUGGACGGCAUCGACACGGGAGUGCGUCAGCGACUCAGCGCCCAUCUGAACAACUGCGCCAACAGUCUGGAGCAGAUUGGUUCGAUGAGCAACUUCAGCAACGGCUACCGUGGAGGUUUGUUUCCCUCAACGCCGGCCACGGCUGCUCCCACUCCCCUGUUCCCCUCGCUGCCGCAGGACUUGAACAACAACAGCCGCUCGGAGUCGUCUGCUCCGGCCAUUCAAAUGGGCGGACUUCAGCUCAUUCCCUCCCGCCUGCCCUCGGGGGAGUUCGCCCUGAUUAUGCCAAACACCGGAUCCACGGCUCCGCCUCCGGGACCCUUCGCCUGGCCAGGAUCUGCGACUGGAGUGGCAGCUGGAACAGCCAGCGCCGCCUUGGCCAGCAUUGCCAAUCCCACGCAUCUGAGUGACUACACACAGAGCUUCCGGAUGAGCGCCUUCAGCAAGCCAGCCAGCAAUGCUGCUCCGGCCAAUCUUCAGGGAAGUCUCGUCCACCCACUGCCCGUGCAAACGCAGCUGCCGGCUAAGAACAGCACGAGCAGUCCGCCGCUGAGUCCCAUCUCCUCCAUCUCCAGCCACGGCGAGGAGUCGCGGGCUGCCUCGCCCACCGUGGACGUGAUCAGCAAGCACAGCUUCGCAGGCGUCUUCUCCACUCCGCCGCCGACCAGCGCCGAGACCUCCUUCAACACCAGCGGAUCCCUCAACCUGAGUGCCGGAAGCCACGACAGCAGCGGAUGCUCGCGAUCGCUGGCCCACUUGCAGCAACAGCAAGUGAGCUCCACCAGCGGAAUCGCCAAGCGGGACAGGGAUGCGGAGGCCGAAUCCAGUGACUGCUCCCUGGAUGAGCCCUCCUCUAAGAAAUUCCUCGCCGGCGCCAUCGAAAAGUCCAGCUCCGCCUGGAGGCCCUGGUAAAUCAUCAGUAUAACCCACUUCUAUGUUACGUUUAUCCAUUGUUAAUUUAUUUCAUCGCAAUUUUUUUCAAAGAUCACCAACUCAAAUGCUUUAGAACCCCAUUAAGUUUCAACGACUUCUAUAUGUUUUUAUGUAUCCACGUUUCGCUUUCUUCAUUUUAAGUUCAGCUGUGAUUUUGUAUAUUUUUUGUGUAAUUCUCAUUUAAGCAUUUUUAUACGACUAUUAUGUAGUUCAUUAACUAAUUAUGACCUUUAAUGUUUCUUUUA